AUGGCUUCGACAUCAACCAGUCCGCCAAUCGCAGCGCCCUCCGGUGAACCUGAAAGCGUCGGACAGCGUCAGACUGAGGAUCAGGAUGGGCCACUCAGGGUCAUCGUAGACGGAUCCAAAGACAUUGCGAAAAACAUAAGCUUAGACAUGAUUGUUGUGGGUAUUACCGGGAGACCAAUUUGCAGCAAAAUUUACGUACGGUUGGGAUCCUCAAAGGCCGGGAAAUCGAGCAAGUCGUACGAUCCGAAGCUAGACCUUGCUACCACUGAGAUUCCAUUCAUUCCGACGUCUGCAGAGCUGGAAGGAAGACCCCAGACCAAGGAAUUCCUCGUCGUUGGUUUGGUUCUGGCGGAAGAUCCCAAGAAGUACUCGACUGUUGGGUCAAGGAGACCAAAAGAUAAGGAAAGAGACCAGGGUAGAAAAUUAAGAGGCGCCCUACCAGCAGAGAAGAAUAUCCUCAGAGCCUUGGUUCAAACAACGGAAUCCAUCGAAAGUCGGGGCAUCAAGUAUUACGUUGCAUGUCAUCAAAUGCACGAGUUGUGCGACUUGCGAGUUAUAACCGUGGACUCUAUCUUUUUCCUACAAGAAAUAUGGGACGAGGUGGGAGAAGUCGCUCAAGCAAAGGAUAGGAAAACAAAGUUAGGUGAAGCUUGUAGGCUACUUGCAGCGAAGGACAAGACGCCAGCCAAGCGUGCUAUCACUUCAAUCACCAAGGACGGUCAGACGACGUCGAAUGAGUUGCAGGUCAGCAGAAAGAAGAAUGCUGCAAACAUAAUCAAUAUGCAGUUCUCAUUAUGGUCAUUGACCAAAACCCCUGACUCGUACAAAGCUCUGCAGUCCACUGUCGAGAGCAUCAUGCCUGACCUCAAUAUGAAGCCCACGGACCGAGGCGUGGUAGCGUUCUACGAUUUCGAAGCAGACAUGAACGAAAAGGAGGCUCAAGAUGCUGUUGACUCUAUGAAGCUGUCAUAUCCCCACCUGACAAUGUUUGACAAGGAUCAGGUCAUGGAUUUACAGAGAGCACUCCGUCGCACAAAAACUGGGGGGCUACUCCAAUAUCAAGAUUUUGCCCGCUUCUUGGACCUGUGCAGAGUUCGUGCUCUUCCAGGAAUGACAAACGACGGUCUGGACGCCUUGGUCACAGAGGUUCUGCGUGAUUUGAAGAUUAUUAAUCGGGUUGACACUUGUCGGACAGCGUCGGAAGUCUUCCACGAGGAGAAAUCUAUGAUACAAUUCAUCUCGGGGCUGAAAGAAUCGCUUGAAGGCAUUGCAAGCCUCCUUGAGGGACAAGCUACGGCACUGAGAGAGCAGCAUGGCGGUAUUGACACGCACAUUUCUAUUACAGACAUCAUGAACAAGGUCGGGAAUGUCAUUGAUCAGACGGCUCUGAAGUCCCUAAUGGAGCAAGUAUUCGCUAUUCAUGGCGAGCAGAUGGCGAUGAGCAAUUCCGUUGGCGCCAAAGCUCUUCGGGAAUGCAUUGGGCUCCUGGAUCAGGCUCUCAGCAUAUCUGGAUAA